CCCCCGCCCUCACGUUCCUUACGCUGCUUACGUCACCCCGCCCUUUCCCCUCCUCGGGCGCUGAUUGGCUGGUUUGAAAUCCGCGGCGGCCGUGCGGCCUCCGGGCCGCGGAGGGAAAGUUGAAACGGGCUUCGGGACGGGCAGGACCCACCGGCAGCCAUGAAGUCCGCGAGAACUAAAACUCCCAGGAAGCCAUUUCCAAAGAAAGGAUCCAACACCAGUCUGAAAGAUCCAGUUGGGGUAUACUGUCGAGUUCGCCCCCUCAGCUUUCAGGAUCAGGAGUGUUGCAUAGAGGUGAUCAAUGAAACGACAGUUCAACUCCAUACCCCCGAAGGAUAUCGAAUAAACCGAAAUGGAGACUUCAAGGAGACGCAGUAUUCAUUCAAACAAGUGUUUGGUACCCUGGUUACCCAGAAGGAGCUGUUUGAUGUUGUUGCCUGUCCCUUGGUAGAUGACUUGAUUCAUGGUAAAAACGGGCUCCUGUUCACCUACGGGGUAACGGGAAGCGGAAAAACCCACACCAUGACGGGCUCUCCCGGUGACGGCGGACUCCUCCCUCGUUGCCUCGACAUGAUCUUCAACAGCAUCGGAGCAUUUCAAGCCAAGAGAUACGUCUUUAAGUCCAACGACCGGAACAGCAUGGAUAUUCAGUGUGAAGUGGAUGCUCUGUUAGAGCGGCAGAAAAGAGAUGCCAUGCCAACGCCGAAGACCCCAUCGAGCAAACGUCCCAUCGACCCGGAGUUCGCCGACAUGAUCAACGUGCAGGAGUUCUGCAAGGCGGAGGAGGUGGACGAGGACAGCGUGUACGGUGUGUUUGUCUCUUAUAUCGAAAUCUACAAUAACUACAUCUACGAUCUGCUGGAGGAAGCUCCGUUCGACCCCAUUAAACCAAAGUGGAACAGUUGCAGCACUCCGGUGCGGAACACAGACUUUAUACCUCCGCAGUCUAAAAUCCUGAGGGAGGAUAAGAAUCACAAUAUGUACGUGUCUGGAUGUACAGAAAUAGAGGUGAAGUCCACCGAGGAAGCGUUUGAAGUCUUCUGGAAAGGCCAGAAGAAGCGCCGCAUUGCGAACACCCAGCUGAACCGGGAAUCCAGUCGCUCCCAUAGCGUGUUCAUUAUCAAACUGGCUCAAGCUCCUUUAGAUGCCGAGGGAGAUAACGUGUUGCAGGAAAAAGAACAAAUUACAUUAAGCCAGCUGUCCUUGGUUGACCUUGCUGGGAGUGAAAGAACCAACAGGACAAAAGCAGAAGGAAACAGACUUCGAGAAGCUGGCAACAUUAACCAGUCGCUCAUGACACUGAGGACGUGCAUCGAGGUCCUUCGGGAGAACCAGUUAUAUGGAACCAGUAAGAUGGUUCCAUAUCGAGACUCCAAGUUAACCCAUCUGUUCAAGAACUAUUUUGACGGCGAAGGCAAAGUGCGUAUGAUCGUGUGCGUAAAUCCAAAGGCUGAAGAUUACGAGGAAAGCUUGCAAGUGAUGCGCUUUGCCGAGAUGACCCAAGAAGUGGAAGUGGCAAGACCAGUGGACAAGGCCAUCUGCGGUUUAACGCCGGGCAGGCGCUACAGAAACCAGGCCUUCCGGGAGGAACUCACCCGCCGGCUCGAGCUCCGGGGAGGACCCAUUGGCGACGAACCGUCGGUCACGGAGCUGCUCCUGCAGAGUCUCCCGCCGUUGACCUCCUGCGAGCUCUUGGACGUCAACGACGAUCAGACCCUCCCGCGGCUGAUCGAGGUCUUGGAGAAGCGCCACCAAGUGCGGCAAAUGAUGACGGACGAGUUCACCAAGCAAGUGAAUGCUUUCAAAGCCAUGCUGCAAGAAUUUGACAGCAACGUUAUGAAUAAGGAGAGCUACGUUCAAGGAAAGCUCAAUGAGAAAGAUAAGGUCAUCUCUGGACAGAAGGCCGAGAUCGAGCGCUUGGAAAAGAAAACCAAAACUCUGGAGUAUAAGAUCGAGAUUCUGGAAAAGACGACGACGAUCUACGAGGAAGACAAACGGAAUCUGCAGCAGGAGCUGGAGAACAAGAGCCAGAAACUCCAGCGGCAGUUCUCCGACAAACGGCGCCUCGAAGCCAGGCUGCAAGGCAUGGUGACCGAGACCACCAUGAAGUGGGAGAAGGAAUGCGAACGCCGGGUGGCGGCCAAGCAGCUGGAGAUGCAGAACAAGCUCUGGGUCAAGGACGAGAAACUGAAGCAGCUCAAGGCCAUCGUCACCGAGCCCAAGAGCGACAAGCCAGAGAGGCCGUCGCGGGAAAGGGACCGAGAAAAGAUCCUCCCGCGAUCCGUCUCUCCCUCGCCGGUACCGCCGCCUAGUAGCCAUGGCGCUCAGCUCGCCAACAGCCAGCACCCCGCCAGCCAGCCGCAGCCGCACAGACGCUCUAAUUCUUGCGGCAGCAUUUCAGUGGCUUCCUCCGUCUCGGAAUGGGAGCAGAAAAUUCCUCCGUUCAGGACACCCUCCCAUGCCCCGUCCUUCCCUCGGCACAGGCCCCAGGAGCCCGAACCCAAAAAGAGUUGUGUCGUAGCGGCCAGAAGGAAAGGGAUGUACUGGCUCGGAAGCGGGGAGGUGAUCCCCACGGGCAGAGAUGAGGUCUUAGAAGUAGAAGAGGAUCCAUGCUGCAGGAACGCGCCACCAAUCCGUGUCCGCCACAGACGAUCCCGCUCUGCCGGGGACAGAUGGGUGGAUCAUAAGCCCGCCACUAACGUGCAGACCGAGACAGUCAUGCAGCCCCACGUCCCCCACGCCAUCACGGUGGCGGUGGCCAAUGAAAAGGCGCUAGCUAAGUGUGAGAAGUACAUGCUGACCCACCAGGAACUAGCCUCCGAUGGGGAGAUUGAAACUAAACUCAUUAAGGGCGAUGUCUUCAAAACGCGGGGUGGCGGACAAUCUGUCCAGUUCACCGACGUCGAGACUUUAAAGCAAGAGUCGCCUCCCGGUCGAAAACGCCGGUCCUCCACGGCGGUCCCCGCCCAUCCCGAACCCACUACCGAAUCGGAGUGGACGGACGUCGAGACCAGGUGUUCGGUGGCCGUUGAGAUGAGGGCGGGGUCCACUCUGGGCCCAGGAUACCAGCACCACGCACUCCCUAAGCGCCGGAAACCGUGAGGUGACGACCAGCGGGAACGUGGGCCUCGAGCGAACGAGGAUUUCUUCAGAAAGAGUCCGUGGCCACCGCCGUCACCUCUCUCAGCGUUGAAGCUCUCCCAACAGUCGGCUCCUCCGGUCCCGGCCGAGGAGAGGCGUAACGUGCGUUAGGCUCGUGCUCUCUGGGCACCGCCGUGCCUCUCUCCGCUUUCAGGAAGAAACUGUUUGUAUAGGAAAAUUUCUUUCUUUUUUUUAAUCACGCGUGCGCUACUCUGUUUGCAUUUCUCAUACACUCGUGGACUCUCAAAUGCUCUGCCUUGGGAUGGGUCGGGGCCAGGCUUUUAUUGACAAUUUAACACUGUCUCCCGUUCAGUCCCGAGCCUUUGGGAUGUCCUCUUUUUUAAAAAAAACCAAAAAACAAAAUAAGCGCUGCUAUUUAGCUGUAAGGAUGCACUUUAAACACGUUGGACUGUGCGAAUGAAAUUCAGUCACUAGCUCGAGCUAUCCAAGAAUGAAAACGAAAUGGCUUUUGUAUUCUGCGUUUCUCCCGACAAACGGAAUCAGUUGUCCGGCACUGGACCCCAUCAUCCUGCCCUAGAAUAGUAAUAUGAUGUGAGGCGUAAUAUAACGGACACACCGUAGAUACCCCGCGCGAGGGUGGAAAAAGGUUGAGAAGAUUAUAUCCUAAAAUGUAAGGGAGAACUAUCCUAAAUGUGGAACUGUCAACUUAAUAAAUAAAUAUAUUCCAAGAA